AUGGCGCGACUGCGUCAAGCUGCAUCAGAAGAUAAACGAGCUGAACGAAAUGAACAAAGAAGAUUAGAACAAGGGCAAGCACGCCGUUAUACAGUUAUCAGACGCGGAGCAAGUGACCGACAGCGAAAACAAGAAAACCGACAACGAUUAUUUACAUCUAAUUUAUUCCUGCGUUUAGCAUUCGAUGAGUCAGCUGGGAUAUGUUGUUCGUCAGGAAAGGUGCAAUUACCUCCUCCGUUGAAUAACAACGAUGAAAUAACACUUUACCAAAUUGGCCGGCACGUCAGCUUCAAUGAAACUUUUUGGCAUAUUUUUGGUUUCUCACUUCAUGAACGGGAUCCAGCAGUUCUUCAUUUAGCCGUUCAUCUUGAAAACGGCCGGCGUGUAUAUUUCAUGAACGAGACAGCAAUUUAUCGUGCUAUAAAUCCACCAAAAACUACCCUCAUCGAAUUUUUUGAACUGUGUAAUCGUGUGGAUGCUUUUGCACUCACAUUACUCUAUUCAGAAGUACCAUACUAUUUCACAUGGACUCCAACAAAAAAAUGGAUGUUCCGCAAGCAAGGCACGCCGAUUAAUGAAUGUCCCGGUUUAUUCAAAUCAAACACCUUGGGGCGAGUAUUUACAGUCAAUCCAAGACAGACUGAGUGCUUUUAUCUUAGACUGUUAUUGAUUAAUGUCACCGGUCCAUUGUCAUUUCAAAAUAAACGUAAAGUGAAUGGGCAACAGUAUCCAACGUAUAAAGAUGUAUAUAAUGCACUCGGCUUUCUGGAAGACAACAACCAGUGA